AUGUCUGACUUUUUGACUGAUGCUGACCUAGAAUUUAUUAUGAAUUUACCCAAUAAUGAGUUCAAUGCAUACAUUGAUGUCCCUGAUGGGGAUAUAUCAGAUGUUGGAGACGAAGAUAAAGAAGAAACUGUCGAAAUUGAUGAAAGUUCUCAAUUUAUUUCCGAAGCAGCUGUCAUGAAUUUAAUUCAGAUGGCGGAAAAGGAGGAUGGAGCUGAAAUUUCGGCUGAUGCAGUCAGGAGUGGUAAAGUUAUUGAUUCUGAGCCAAAAUCAGAUGUAAGCGACAACAAUACAAAUGAAGGAGCACCAUCUACACGUGAGCAGCAGCAGCAGCAGCAGCAAGUAAAACAUAGAUGUAAGCGUAGUGAUUAUAAAUUUAGAUUUUGUGGUACAAGACACAGAAUGUCCAGUAUCUAUGCUUUGCAGAAAGAUUCAGUUUCGUUGCAGACGACCAAAAAUGAAAUGGAGCAGUUUGUUGGUAUUUUACUGCACAUGGGCAUAAUCAAUAUGCCUUCAAUUCAUUUAUACUGGUCGAAUGAGUGUAGAUAUUCACCAAUAGCUGAUGUGAUGAGCAGAAGUCGCUUCUUCCAGCUACCGUGGUAUUUUCAUGUUGUCAAUACUCAAGACUUGCCUGAAGCUAAUAGUAAUCGUGACAAACUCUUCAAGAUUCGCCCACUUUUAUCUGCAUUGCAGUCGUCAUUGAAGACACUCCCUCCAGAAGAAUACCAAGCUGUUGAUGAACAGAUAAUACCAUUCAAGGGUAGAAGCGGUUUGAAACAGUACGUAAGAAAUAAGCCUCACAAGUGGGGCUACAAAUCUUUUACGAGAGCUGGUUCUUCAGGCAUGAUGUAUGAUUUUGAAAUUUAUGUUGGCAAAAACACCUGCAGUGAUAGAGGAUUAGGUUUGUCUGGGGAUAUUAUUGUUUUGGCAUUGACAGAACCAUUGCCAGAGAAACAGCAUUUCAAAGUGUUUGCUGAUAGUUGGUUUUCGUCUCUACCAUUAGCAAUUGCCCUGAAAGAAAGGGGUAUUGAAUUCUGUGGCACUAUCAGGACAGACAGGAUGGGAAAAUGUCCGUUGAAAACUGAAGCGGAGCACAAGAAAACUGGACAUGGCUCCUGUGACUGGAGAGUGGAGACAACAAACAAUGUAGCUUUAGUACGCUGGUUUGACAGAAAAUGCAUAAAUUUCGUGUCAACAUAUGCUUGUGUUGAGCCCAUGGCAACAUGUAGACGCUAUUCUGCAUCUGAAAAGAAAUUCAUUGAUGUACCUAGACCUUAUAUAGUGGAAAAGUAA